AUGGCCGACAACAAGGAGACGGCGGCUGACGUCCCCGUCGCCCACUCCCCCGUCAGCCCCACUGAGAAGGACACCACGGUCACCGCAGCUCCAGCGACGAACGCCAACCAUGCCGACGGAGCUAUUCCUCGCCCUGCAGGUUGGAUGUACAAGGGCUUCAAGCUGGGCAAGCGUGAGCUCUGGUAUGCGUCCCCCAAGGUGCAGCUCUUCAUGGUCGCCAUGGUCUGUUUCCUGUGCCCGGGCAUGUACAACUCCCUGACCGGUCUCGGUGGUGGUGGUCAGCUCGACGCCCAGGUGCAGGACCACGCCAACACGGCUCUGUACUCGACCUUUGCCGUCGUCGGCUUCUUUUCUGGCACCUUUGCCAACCGUCUCGGCAUCAAACUCACCCUCUCGCUCGGAGGCCUGGGCUACUGCAUCUACGCUGCUAGCUUCCUCUGCUACUCUCACACCCAGAACCAGGGCUUCGUCAUCUUCGCAGGUGCCCUGCUCGGUGUCUGCGCCGGUCUCCUGUGGACGGGCCAGGGGGCCAUCAUGAUGAGCUACCCGCCAGAGUCGUCCAAGGGUCGCUACAUUUCGUGGUUCUGGAUCAUCUUCAACCUAGGCGCUGUCAUCGGCUCGCUCAUCCCUCUCGGCCAGAAUGUCAACAACGCCACAGGCCCGGUCACCGAUGGCACCUACGCUGCCUUCAUCGUCCUCAUGGCCGUGGGCGCGGUCCUGGCUUUGACCCUGUGCAACGCCGACAAAGUCCAGCGAGAGGACGGCUCUCAUGUCAUCCUGAUGAAGAACCCCAGCUGGUCCUCCGAGAUCAAGGGCCUGUGGGAAACCAUGUACCUUGACCCGUGGGUCGUAACCCUCUUUCCCAUGUUCUUCGCGAGCAACGUCUUCUACACCUACCAGACCAACGACAUGAAUGCAGCGCACUUCAACACCCGCACCCGCUCUCUCAACAACCUGCUUUACUGGCUGGCACAGAUCUUCGGCGCCGUCAUCUUCGGCUACGCGCUGGACUUCCACAAGGUCCGCCGCAGCGUCCGCGCCAAGGCGAGCUUUGUCACGCUGGUAGUGCUCACUUUCGUCAUAUGGGGAGGCGGGUACGACUGGCAGAAGAAGCAGGCCACCCGCGAUGUCAUCGAGGCUAAAGAUGAGAACGGAGACCCAACGUACAAGGGUCUUGUGGACUGGACCGACGGCGGAGAGCUGUACAUAGGACCCAUGUUCCUGUACAUCUUCUACGGCUUCUUCGAUGCCGUGUGGCAGACGAGCAUCUACUGGUACAUGGGCGCCCUCUCGAACUCGUCGCGCAAGGCCGCCAACCUGGCCGGCUUCUACAAGGGCAUCCAGUCCGCGGGCGCAGCCAUCUUCUGGCGGCUCGACGGCCUGAAGAAGCCGUACAACACAAUCUUCGGUGCGACGUGGGGCCUCCUGGCUGCCGCGCUGAUCUUCGCCGCCCCGAUCAUCUGGACACGCAUCCAGGACACGGUGCCGGUCGAGGAGGACCUCAAGUUCUCGGACGAGACGGUUGCGGACGUCGCGCCGACAGACGCGCUCGGCAAGAACGAGAAGACAGUCGAAGUCUAA